GACUUGUUUUCAACCGGUCUGCUUUAGCAGUUGGGCAAAUAUUAGCAGUAGCGACACUAGUCCGCUAGUAUUCUUUAACUGGUGUCUAAUAUUGUGUUUAUACCUAAUUACCCAUAUUCAUACUCAACGUUUCGAAGACUAUAUUUGGGUAAUACAUCUGUCUUAAACAGAAUCGGGUUUCCUCAUGGUAUGACUCAAGAGUUUGAACAGCUAACUUAACAUGGAUGACAGCAAGCAGACCUCGUCUCCUGAGGGAUCUGUAGACCCCUCUCUCGUGUCAGAAGAUGGUAAAAAUGUGAAAGCAGUGUUGUGCCAGAGAUGUGGCUCCAAAGUGCUCUGCCCAGGCAUGGCACUGUUUGCAGAAAAGGAGCUGUUUCUGCCUUCAAUGAGAAAGAAAACCUCCAUUGGUCAAUCGGACGGGACGCUGGAUGGGGACACAUUAGCAUCUCACUGGCUGGUUGAUGACAUGUACACAUUUGAGAAUGUGGGCUUCACAAAAGAUGUAGGCAACGUGAAGUACCUUAUUUGUGCGGAUUGUGAGAUCGGACCUAUUGGUUGGCAUUGCCUGGAUGACAAGAAGAGCUUCUAUGUGGCAUUGGACAGGGUGAACCACGGAUAGAGCACUUACUGACAAUUCUGUGGUAUUCGCCUACAUAACUCAUAUGGGGUUCAUAUUUGAAUUACUAUAGGUCCUGUUUUUGUUCUUUUGCAUUUUUUUAUUAUUGGGACAUUUUCAUUCUCACCAAACUGUAUGCUAACAUGUAACUGCACCUUUCUAUGAUAGUCUGCCAUAAAGAAAUGGAGAUGAUGCUUUUAAACAUUCCUUAACACAAGGCCUUUCCAUCCUUCUUAUCUGUCCAUGAGUAACACAUUAAGUGACUUUUGUAAAUGAGAAGAUUUAGGACAGUCCUUGUCAAAUAACAAUAAUUCAUACUAAAAAGUAAAUAAAAUAAAA